AUGGACUCUGAGGUGGAUGAGGUGGCUCGGGUCCUUCUGCACAUGGUGUGGAACUCGCCAGAGUUUGUUGAGAAAGCAGCCAGUCACACCCUGGGGAUCAUGGUGGAGAAUCCUCCCCUGGAGCAGCUGUACCGGGAGGGCCCGCUGCUGGGGAGCGGCGGCUUCGGCAGCGUUUACGCCGGGACCCGGCUCGCCGACGGCGUCCCGGUGGCCAUCAAGCGAGUGUCCCGGGACCGCGUCUUGGAGUGGGCGCGGCUGCACGACGGCGCCCUUGUGCCCCUGGAGCUGGUGCUGCUCUGGAUGGCGUCGUGGCCCGGCUUCCGCGGCAUCGUGCGGCUCCUGGACUGGUUCGAGCUGCCCGACGGCUUCGCGCUGGUCAUGGAGCGUCCGGAGCGCUGUCAGGACCUCUGGCACCUGCUGCACGCGGGGGGGUUCCUGCCAGAGCCCGUGGCGCGGGCGCUGUUCCGGCAGGUGCUGGGGGCCGUGCGGCACUGCACCAGCCGCGGCGUCCUGCACCGCGACAUCAAGGCCGAGAACGUGCUCGUUGACCUGGCCACCGGCGAGGCGAAGCUCAUCGACUUCGCCUGCGGCAUGAUCCUGCAGGACACGUUCUACACCCAGAUGGCCGGAACGCGGGAGUACUACCCACCGGAGUGGAUCCUCUUUGGCCGCUACCAUGGCCAGCCAGCCACCAUCUGGUCCCUGGGCAUCCUGCUCUAUCAGCUGGUGUGCAGGCACCUUCCUUUCAAAAGCAGAGAGGACAUCGUCCGGGGACAGCUCUUCUUCCCGCCCCGGGUGUCUCAAGAGUGCCAGCACCUGAUCAGGUGGUGCUUAUCCAUGGACCCUGCAGACAGGCCAUCCUUGGAUGACCUUUUACGUCCUCUUCUUUUCACAGUAGCCAAAUCACUCAAACUUUCAGUCAGGACAGGGACUGUGGCCACAGCUGACCACAAACUGGACACGGUCAUGAGACGCAAGUUCUGUUCCUUUGUUUGCCGCCAAUGCCUGAGUGGUGACUUUAUUGCCGAGAGUCUUUCUGGGUCACCUCCCUCUAUGCUCCUUCCCUCCAAGCCGUUGCCUCCCAUCCGGAAGGGCUCUCCUUCCUGCAAGCCAAUCACAAUGUGCAAUGGAGAGGAAGAGAAAGGGAAAGAUGGCACUGGCUACAAAGAUAUCAGUAGAAACAGUGCGGAGCUGAGUUCAGAGGGAAAAGGGAGUGAGAGAACCUACCAACACUUAAUACGAAGUUCAGAGUCCCACACCAAGUCAGCACAGAAUCUGAGGAAAGUGAAAGUUAAAACUUAA